CUCCAAACACAAUGUGCCAUUUUCUCUCGUAGGAUAGCGAGUUCACUUUCCUCCUAAAGGGUGUGGUGGGCUAUCUAUAGCCUUCCAUGAUAUGACAAAGUCCUUGAUAAAUGAGAGAGAGAAAACUAGUUUUUGUAGUGUUGUGAAUACCAUUUUCAAUUUUGCCAAUUUACAGCGAUAGAGUUGAGUAAAGAAGGGUAGAGAGAACACAAGCACAAAGCACAAAAAUGUUUGAAGGAGUCCCAGAACAAUUCCAUCAAUUCAUAGCUUCAAGAACAACAUCACUCCCCCCACCUGGUCUCUCUUUUCCUCUUCUCCAGGGAUCUUCUAAUACUACCAACUUCCCUAGUUUUUAUCCUUACACUACCUCUUCUCAACAAGUACCGCUACAGCCAAACCUUUUGCACCCAAUAUUGCACCAAGGUGCACCCACCAACAAAGAUGGUGAGAAACAAGAGAAUAACUUGGUGGCUAUGAAUAUGGACCAGUUUGAAAGAGAAAGAUCAAUGCCGGAAUUGGUCAAUCCGUGGUCUAAUGAUGAAGUGCUUGCACUGUUGAGGAUCAGAUCUAGCAUGGAGACCUGGUUUCCUGAAUUCACCUGGGAACAUGUAUCCAGGAAGCUUGCAGAGGCUGGUUUCAAAAGGAGUGCUGAGAAGUGCAAGGAGAAAUUUGAAGAAGAAAGCAGAUACUUCAAUAUUAGCAACAUUAAUUACAACAAGAAUUACAGGGCUAGCUUUAGUGAGUUAGAAGAGAUUUAUCAUGGAGAUCAAAACCCUCACCAAGAAGUUACAGCUGGAGAAAAGAACAAAAAGAUAGACAAGCCAGGUACUGAAGAUGAAGAACAAGACAAGAUGAGACAGAACCUGGAAGAAGAAACGAGAAUUGAUCAAACGGUAGGAAACCAAACUGAUCAAGAUAAUAAUGGGAAAUUAGCACUGGUUGAAAAAUCAAAGAGCAAUAAAAGAAAAAGGGAGAAGAAGUUUGAGAUGUUCAAGCGUCUUUGUGAAGAUAUUGUGAACACCAUGAUGGCUCAACAGGAAGAGAUGCAUAAUAAACUUCUUGAAGAUAUAGUUAAGAGAGAUGAAGAGAAGGUUGCAAAAGAAGAAGCACGGAAGAAGCUAGAAAUGGAUAGGAUCAACAAGGAACUUGAACUUAGGGCACAUGAACAAGCUCUUGCAAAUGAUAGACAAGCUACAUUAAUCAGGUUCUUGAAAAAAUUCACAUCAAGUGACUCUUCUGUUGAAAUUCUUGGAGAGAAAACUGCCCCAGAUCCUGUUAAUGUACCAAACUCUUCAAAUGCUUCCAGUUCAUCUUCCUUGGUGCUGGAACAAAACCCUAAUCCAGCUAGUCAGACCAGUAACGAAAGCCAACUUAAAACAGCUACAUCAUCCGCUACAGCUUUAGACCAUCAAAAGUCCACCUCCAUUCUAGCCAAAACCAAUACCUCAUGGACAGAAAAUCAAGAACCGCAAAACCCUACCUCAACUCUUGCCCGAAACAUUCCACAAGUGCCGACGACUUCAUCUACACUAGCAGUACCUGCAGCCCCCCAAAACCCUAAUUUUCUCAAUUCUCACAGCAGUACAUCAGGACCACCAAACACGUUGCCAAGUCAUAAUAAAGUGCAAGCAAAGUCUACAUAUAAAGAUGACAUUGGCAAGAGAUGGCCAAGAGAUGAGGUGUUAGCUUUGAUAAACCUAAGGUGCAGUCUCUACAACAACAAUGAAGACAAAGAAGGAUCAGCAAGGGCUCCACUAUGGGAAAGAAUCUCACAAGGGAUGUUGGAAUCGGGUUACAAGAGGAGUGCGAAGAGAUGCAAGGAAAAAUGGGAGAACAUAAACAAGUACUUCAGAAAAACCAAGGAUGUUAACAAGAAGAGGUCCAUCGAUUCAAGGACAUGUCCUUACUUUCACCAAUUAAGCACCUUGUACAACCAGGGAACACUCGUAGCACCGGAUAACCGCUCGGCUUCCCCGGAAAACCGGUCAAGGUUACCAGAAACCAGGCAUAGCAGUUCAUCUCAAAAUGGGACUAGUAAUUCAACAUUGCAUGUUGGUGAUGGUGAGAAAAAUAUGGUUCAGGUACCACCUUUGGAUUUUGAAUUCUAAUUCUGCUUCUCUAUGUGGUAAUGGCAGUAAUAACACAUAGGACUAUAAUAAUAUUUAAGUGGGUAUGUUUUAAAUUUUGUAAACAAUAGAUAGUAUCUUGUAUUUGACAUUGUUUCGAUGUAUUUUGGAGGAGAGACUUGUAUGAAUAUUUGUAUUUUAGUGGGCACCGACAAUUUGAGAGGGAAAAAAAAUAAUUUGAGGACUGAA